AUGCAUGUGAAGAAAAAUGUUUCUGAUAGUGUAAUUGGGACAUUGCUAAACAUCAAAGGAAAGACUAAAGAUGGAGUGAAAGCACGACAAGAUUUGGUGGACAUGGGUAUACGUUCUGAGUUACAUCCUCAGUCUAUUGGAAGACGCACUUACUUGCCUCCAGCUUGUCAUACUCUAUCAAAAAAAGAAAAAAAAAACUUUUGUGAGUGCUUAAGCAGUGUGAAAGUUCCACAAGGGUACUCCUCAAAUGUUAAGAGUCUGGUGUCUAUGCAAGAUUUGAAGUUGAUUGGUUUAAAGUCUCACGAUUGUCAUGUGUUAAUGCAACAACUUUUGCCUGUGGCUAUUCGUAACAUUUUACCAUCUUCUGUUAGAGUUGCUAUUACUCGAUUGUGUUUAUUCUUCAAUGCCAUUUGCAACAAAGUAAUUGACCCUGUAAAGUUAGAUGAGUUAGAAAAUGAAGCAAUCACAAUCUUGUGUCAAUUGGAAAUGUAUUUUCCACCUUCAUUUUUUGAUAUCAUGGUGCAUUUGAUAGUUCAUUUGGUUAGGGAGAUUCGAUUGUGUGGCCCGGUUUAUCUUAGAUGGAUGUACCCUGUUGAGAGAUACAUGAAGAUCUUAAAAGGAUAUGUCAAGAAUCAAUACUGCCCAGAAGCCUCUAUUGUGGAGAGGUACAUUGCAGAAGAAGCCAUUGAGUUUUGUUCAGGGUACAUGUCGAAAUCAGAACCAAUAGGAAUUCCCAAGACUCGACAUGAUGGGAAACAAUUUGGUAAGGGUAGUCGAAGUUUAAAGAUUAGAACUGUGAGUCGAACAGAAGUUGACCAAGCACAUUUGUACAUAUUGAACAACACUGAUGAAGUAAUUCCUUACAUAUCUGAACACAUAGAUGAAAUCAAGAUAGCACACCCCCGGAUGAAUGAGAAAUGGGUAUUGAAUGAACAUAACAAGAGUUUCUUAGCUUGGUUUAAGAAAAAGGUUUAUGGUGAGGUUAAUGCUUCUGAUACACUUUUGAGACUCGCGCGUGGGCCUAACAACGAUGUCAUUACAUUUGGUGGGUAUGACAUUAACAAAUAUUGUUUCUAUACAAAGACAGAAGAUGACAAAAGUAGAGUACAAAAUAGUGGGGUUACAAUUCAGGCUGAGGCUGUGCACUUUGCUAGUUCAAAAGAUAAAAAUCCCAUUACAGCAUCCAUGAGUUAUUUCGGAGUCAUAGAAGACAUAUGGGAAAUUGAUUAUGUUACGUUUAGAGUGCCUGUGUUCAAGUGUAAAUGGGUUGAUGGCAAUACGGGUGUGCGGACAGAUGAUUUAGGAUUUACUUUGGUUGAUUUGAAUAAGGUCGGCUAUAAGGAUGAACCUUUUAUUAUGGCAUAUCAAGCAAGACAAGUUUUUUAUGUCAGGGAUCCAUGUAAUGAGAAAUGGUCAGUGGUCCUCGAAGGAAGAACCAUGCAUGGAACUCACGAAGAUGAGUCUCUAGAUAUGCAUGAGACACCGUGUUUGUCAAGCAGAUCAUUUGGUUCUAUUGUGGACAAUGAAGUGGACGAAAUACAUGCUAUUCGAAGUGAUCAUGAUGAAGGAAUAUGGGAAAACAUACCAACCUAA